AUGGAUUCUUCACCAGAAUGGAAAAGGGUAAUGAGCCUUGUGGCUGCCCUUGCCCAUUUCACUUCCUUUGUCAUUCCAUUUCCUGCUCAUGCUUCCCCUGCAGAAGCACAAGCCCUCCUCCAUUGGAAGUCCAGUCUUGGCAACCAUUCGGUUUCUUCCCUAUCUUCCUGGACUCCCUCUCCUCGUAAUUCCACUUCCACCGGUUCCGGUUCGACCAUGAAUCCAUGCGCUUGGUAUGGCAUCUCCUGCAACCAGGCUGGAAGUGUGAUCAGGAUUAAUCUCACCAGCUCCGUUGUCGAAGGUACGCUUGACGAAUUCCCAUUCUCAUCUUUGUCUCGUCUCAUGUACUUGGACCUGAGCGUAAAUAGUCUCUCCGGCCACAUUCCCCCUCAAAUCGGUCUCCUGAGCAAUCUCACCUAUCUCGACCUCUCUAUCAAUCGGUUCUCAGGUAAAAUACCGCCUGAGAUCGGCCGUCUAACGAAACUAGAGGUCCUACACCUAGUUUUCAACGGUUUAAAUGGCUCGAUUCCCCUAGAGAUUGGGCAGCUGCAUUUGCUCAAUGAGGUCGCGCUGUAUUCCAAUCGGUUGCAUGGAUCCAUCCCUUCCUCAUUGGGUAAUUUGAGCAACUUAGCUACAUUUUAUAUCUACAACAACUCCUUUUCUGGUUCUAUUCCUCCUGAAAUGGGAAAUAUGACAAAUCUGGAAGUGCUUCACAUGGACACCAACUUCCUCACAGGAUCGAUUCCUUCCAGUUUGGGGAACUUAACCAAAUUGACAGAGCUGCACCUAUCUGCUAAUGAGCUUACUGGUUCCAUCCCAAUGGAGCUAGGGAAUUCAAACCUUCUCAGCUCAUUGAGCGUUUACGAUAACAAUCUUACCGGUUCAAUCCCGCCGACACUAGGCAAUUUGACAGGGCUUACCCUUCUUUUUCUCUAUGGUAACCAGCUUUCGGGCCACAUUCCUAAUGAGAUAGGAAAUCUCCGCGCUAUGUUUGACUUAGAGCUGAGUAGAAAUCAGCUCAUUGGCCCAAUUCCUUCUUCUUUGGGUAACUUGACUGACCUACUAUAUUUAUACCUCCGCGACAAUCAGCUUUCUGGUUUGAUUCCUGGAUCCAUAGGGGACCUAGUGAACUUAGAGGUGCUGGAACUGGAUACCAACCAGUUCACCGGCUCCUUACCAGAGAACUUGUGCCGAGGUGGGUUGCUCCAAAACCUCACAGUGAGUGGCAACAACUUAACUGGCUCUAUCCCUAGAAGCUUAAGAAAUUGCACAAGCUUAGUCAGAGUACGCCUUGAGGUUAACCAGCUCACUGGAAACAUAUCCGAGGCCUUUGGUGUCUACCCCGACUUGGACUUUAUUGACAUGAGUUUCAACAAGUUCUAUGGAGAAAUCUCAACGAACUGGGGAAGUUGCAUGCAUUUAAGUGAUCUAAGAAUUGCUGGAAAUAACAUCACCGGUAGCUUGCCUCCUGAGAUUGGAAACGCGACUCAACUGCGUGCAAUUGAUCUUUCUUUCAAUGGUUUAGUUGGGGAGGUUCCAAAAGAGUUUGGAAAAUUGACUUCUUUGUUGAAUUUGAAUCUAAGGGGGAACCGACUUUCUGGCAGUAUAAGUCCUGAGAUUGUAUCACUAUCUGGCCUCCGAACAUUGGAUUUGUCCAGAAAUAGAUUAAGCAAGUCUAUCCCGCAGAGCAUUGAGCUUUCUUCGAACUUGUUCCUCUUGAAUUUGAGCAACAACCAGUUGAGCCAAGAUAUCCCGGGGCAAAUAGGGAUGCUAACUCAUUUGUCCGAGCUAGACUUGAGUUAUAACUUGUUAAGCGGUGAGAUCCCAGCUGAAUUCAGCAAGCUGCAAAGCCUAGUGAAACUGGAUCUUUCCCACAAUAAUCUUUCUGGCCUUAUAUACAAGACUUUCAAGGAUAUGCCAGGUUUGGCGGAGGUUGACGUCUCCCACAACGGGUUCAACGGUCCAAUCCCCAACACCACAGCAUUCCAAGAUGCACCAAAAGAAGCGUUGCAAGGCAACAAUGGAUUGUGCGGAAAUGUUGAAGGACUUGAGCCCUGUAAUCAAGCGGUGGUGGAAGGGGAAAACUCUCCGGCGACAGGCAGGGUGUUUCAUAUUGUGUUUCCUCUGCUAGGAGCAGUUCUUCUGUUUAUUUUCUUUGGAAUGUUCUUCAUUUUCCGUAGAAAGAAGUUCAAUCAAACAGCAGAACUAGCACCCAAAACAACUGAAGUAUUUUCUUUAUCAAAGUACGAUGGAAAGAUCUUGUAUGAAGACAUCAUAGAAGCCACCGGGGCUUUUGAUGAGAUUUACUGUAUUGGAAGGGGAGGCUAUGGAAAUGUCUUCAAAGCCAAAUUAAGAUCAGGUGAUAUAGUAGCUGUAAAGAAGCUCCAUCAAAUGGCUGAUAGCCGGCAAACAGAACAAAAGGAAUUUUUGAAUGAGAUUAGGGCAUUGACGGAAAUUCGACACCGCAAUAUUGUGAAACUUGAGGGCUUUUGUUCGCAUCCACAACACUCGUUCUUGGUGUAUGAGUACCUGGACAAAGGAAACUUGUCUACAAUCUUGAGCAAUGAAGAAGAAGCUAGAGAGUUGGACUGGAACAAGAGGGUGAAUAUCAUAAAAGGUGUGGCUUAUGCUCUAUCUUAUAUGCACCAUGAUUGCAACCCUCCAAUCGUUCAUCGAGAUAUUUCGAGUAACAACAUCCUGCUUGAUUCUGAGUACGAGGCGCACGUUUCCGACUUCGGCACGGCUAAGCUUCUUAAGCUGGAUACAUCGAACUGGAGUGCAGUCGUUGGCACGUAUGGUUACGUAGCUCCAGAGCUUGCUUACACAAUGAAGGUGACGGAGAAAUGCGAUGUGUACAGCUUUGGAAUUGUGGCCAUCGAGGUGAUCAAAGGAAGACAUCCAGGUGAUACCAUUUCAUCUCUAUUAGCUCCAGUCGACACGGAGAUCUCAGUUGCUUUGAGAAAUAUAUUGGAUUCACGCUUGCCAACGCCCAUGCCAGGCAUUGAGCUUGAACUUCUGACCAUCUUAAAGCUUUCAGUUGCUUGCAUAUCUGCAAAUCCCCAACUCAGGCCGUCGAUGAAAAAGAUUUCUCAGGUGCUCUCAGCUCCUACAACCAUUUUCCAUGGUGCUCAAAAUUCACAGACAGACACUGAUCCGGUGAGACAUGCAACAGAUUCAAGCCGUCUAGUGGAUCAAUUUAUAGAAGAUAACGUCUGA